GUAUAGGGGAAUUAGCCCCGGCGACCCGCGACUCUCCCGCAAACCGAGCUGCCGCCCCUCACGUGCCUCGCCCGCUGGAAUGUUCACGGGGUGGGUGGGUCGUCCGGCAGUCUCACCGCGCCGUUCUGUUGGCUGAGGAGUCCAGUGCAUUGUGACGUGUGGUGCCAGACGAUUCCCCCCAGCCGUGCUGCACGAUUCACGGAUCCGCGCGUUCGAAACGGACACGAGCCGGAGGGAGCGGCGAGGCCGAGAGAGUGGGAGCCGCGGCACUGCUGGGAAAAGACUUAAUCCUGUGUAAUUUCAAGUUUCUGCCAAAAUACACGUGGUAUUAGUGUGUGCUUUUUAGACUGGAGUUCUGUUCAGUUCUCAACUUGACUUUCUGCUGUGUUGGUUGACUUUUGUUCUGGCAUCUUUCUUCAAUUGGUUAAAAAUAAAGCAAUUCCACAAUUCGCUGAGAAAAUUCCUGCUUGAUCAUAAGGAAGAACGACUCGGGGGGUAAAAUCUGAGGUGCUUUUUUUUGCAAGUCAAGGUGUAGAUUAUACACCAGAAUAGAAGAACAAAUCAAGUUUCACAAGAAACGGUCUUUUUAUUUUUCCAGUGCAAUUAAUCUUGGUUAUUUUUCAAGGGAAAAAUGAUGCAUGGUAUCCUGGGUUUUGAGAAAACAAAAUCAAUGCAAGAUAAUUCUCUUCAAGCACCAGCUCAUUCAAGUUCUGUUUCUUCUGACUCCAGUGAAGCUGAAAACUACUUGUAUGAAAAUCCUGAGGAAAUUAAAACUUCCAAAGUUCCACAAACCCAAUGCAAGAGAUGGGUGACAGAUAGAAAACAAACACAUAAAGAAAGUCAUGUUAGAUCAAACCUGUGCUCUGUUGAUAAACCCUCAUUAAGAAAGAAUACAAGCAAAGUCACCGGGUUGAACAAACAACGACAUAAUAAAAGAUGGAAAAAGUCUUCAAAAGUUGGAGGUAGAAAAAGUACAGAUUUGAACAUAGCACCUGAGCCAAAGUUUAAGGAUCAUGGGCAGGAGUUCAAAGAAGAACCACAGUGGUAUACAGAGCCACUGUCAGACAAUGUAACCUGUAAUAAUUUAAAAAGUAAAUUAGAAACUGCUUAUAAGAGUAGUUUACCUUCAUUUGAUGCUGAGCUGUUAGAAAAGUUGCCAGCAUCCAUUCGGGAUCUGUGUAUUGAUGACAGUUGUCCUCAAGAUCAUCUCUGGACAGGUGCAUUUGUUGAUGGUCACUUUGUAGAUUUACCAACAUUACUUGAUAAAACCGAGCUCAGUGAGAUUUUAGAUUGUUCUAAAUCAAACUCUGAUUCCUUAGUUAAUCUUGAAAAGUCAGUGGAUCUCUUCUGUGAAGAAGGUGCUAAUCAAUCCUUGGUGGAUUCUUGUGGCUUUGAUUUCAAAAAAGAAAAUGAAAUCCUUAACAUUGGAAGGAAAAAUGAAGAUCAAGUGCAGUUUCAAGGAGAACAUAAUGUAAUAUUAGAUGGAUUACCUUUGAAUAUCUGGGAGGAUGGCUCAACAGUGGGUGGACUAGAAAGAAGUUCUCCAUUGGCUAUAUCCAGUACAAACCAGCUUGGUUCUGAUCAUGUAAAAUUGUGGUUAUCAUCCACUACCAGUUCAUCUUUAAUUAAUAAGACAGGAAUUGAACCAUUUUGCAAAGACACUAUUCUCUUGUCAGACAAGGACGAUGGCUGGCCUGAUCGCUCGGAUGCCAGUGAAACACAACCAUAUUUUUCAGUUAUAACAGAUCAGAAUGAUGCUCUAUUUUCUUGUGAAAGUAAUCGGCAAAGUGAGAAUCCUUCAUCACUAGAAUCUCAAACUUCAGUGUUAAAUGCCACUAAAGAUAAGGAUUCAAUUCAAAAUGAAACUACUUUUUCAAAUAUAUUCAAAGAAGACUGUGGUUCUUGGUCAGUUUUGUGUAAAUCUAAUAAUAAAAUGUCCCCUUUCACUUUAAGAAAUAUUGAUUCAGUAACAUUUCCUAUUGAAUUAAAUGUAAACAUGACAACUGGCAUCCCAACUGCUUGCUCAGAGGAUGACCUACUUAGUUUGCUACCUGGCAGUGAGUAUCUACAGUUAGAUGACAGCUUUUUAAUUGAACUUCCAGUCAUGACUUCAAAAGAAAAAAUGGACAUCACAAAAUAUAAUAAUCAAGCAGACAAGAUUGAAACAGGAAAAUGGAAUCCAAUUUUUGGAAUUUGUCAUGAGAGCCUUUCUGAAAAGAAGGACAACUUAAAUGCCAGAAUAAUUGAAGAGAUAUGGAAAGCUACACCAGAGGAAGAUAAAGCAGCACCUUCCCAGGAUGGGAUAAAUACUGACAAAUGCCGCAUUUGUUCCUUAGGAAAAGACACACCUAUGAAACAUGUGAAUAUUACGAAACUUAAAUGCCCUCUCCAAACAUCAGAAAGUAAUUUUUGGGAGGAUGAACUAGGAAACACCCAAAUUUUGGAUUCUACAAAAGUUGACAUCACGAUGCACUGUUGUGAGUGGAAAACUGGUUCUGAUCAUACUGAUACUUCAGUUACAGAGAACAUUCAACAUUCAAUGAGUAACACAAAACAAAGUGAAUUUCCAUCUUCUGAGAAUACCUUUCUGAAACCUACAGUAACUCCUAGUACAUUGCAGCCCAGUAGCUUUACUGCAGAUUUAAAGUCCAUGAUAAACUGUGAUUUUCAACAAAAUGGUAAUGAAGAAUCUAUAGAACAAAACAUAAUUAAUGACAUUUCUAUAGUCUUACCUGAAGAUCUGUGGGGAAAUUUAAAUGAUUAUCUAAAUGACUUCACAGAGCCAAGUGAAAAUUCCUUCCUCCCCUUUGAGCUCAAUUGUUCUGUUCCACAAAUGCUUAGUCUGACCAGUACAUUAGAAAUUGACAAUGGCAAGAUGAAUCAACAACCCAGCACUAUAUCCCAAGUCAGUUCAGAUUUAAUAAUAACCAACAAUGAAAAAUUACAGAGUCCAGUACAUCAAGACCACAUCAGCAUAGCUACACAGACCCUUUAUCCCACCUCAGAACAAUUAUUUACAAAAGAAGUGGUUCUUACACGAUUGCAGGACAAUCCUGUUCAAAACUCAGAAUGUAAUGUUUCCCAACAUCAAUGUGGUUCUGAAGUAAUAUCUCAUUCUAUUUCUGUGUUAAAUAAACAGAAAUCUAAACGUAGCAGAAUUUCUAAACAAGACACGCAGAGUCAUCAAAUGGAGUGUGAAGUGAAGUUCAAUAAAGAGACUGAUCAGGAUAAAAGCAGUUUAAUAUCAGUGGAUGCUGAUGGAGAUGAACUGAAAAUUUUCCAGGGAAGGUUACAGGAAAGGCAUCCAGAACAUGGGGAUUCUAAGAUGCCUCAGCAAAUAGCAAAUCUUAAUGUUUGUGCUUCCAACUCAACAAUGAAAGUAGAAGAUGAUCUACAGCAUUUAGAAAAUAAAGAUGACCAUGAAGUGUGUCAGGAAAGUUGUUCAUUUUUGUGCAGUAAUUUAGAGGUUUCUCUACCUGAAUCAGAAAGACACAAUGAAUAUCUCGGAGAAAACUGUUGCCCACUUCUUGAAGACCACCUUUCUGCAAAAAAUACUGAUUGCUGCAGAAAUUCCAGUAUUACUGCAGCUUCACUGGUUGCUGAGUCCUCGCUACAUGAAGAACACAAAGAAUUGCUUACAAGAUGUAAUGAAACAGAUGUUAACCCAGAGGAUCCGAAAACAGAUCAAAAGUUCUUCAGAAGUGUGAAAGACUGUAAAACAUAGGGCUACAUUAGAAGAACUCUGGAUAGUUAUAUUAUAAUUUGGUUUAUCUUUUUCCCCAGCAGAAAGAACAGCUUCCGUUAAAGGGGCUACCUAUUGAGGUCAAAGAAACACCUUGUAUUGUUCAGGGUUUCUAUUGUUUCUUACUGAAUCUGUAAAUGAUGCAGUUCUAAAUAGUGUGAUACCUAUCACUGAAUGGGGUGAAAAAAGGGGACAGUUCACUUUGCUGCAUGCAGUACUUGUGAUUGUUUGGUCGGUCCAGAGUGGUUUUUGUAUUCAAAAAGGUUUCUCACAACUAAAGUAAAAUACGUACUACAACUUAAAAAUUCUAUGUCAACUUAAGGAGAUGAGGUUCUGGCAAAAUACGAUUUUAUUUAUUAGUGCCAGCAAAGGACUUAAAAGUUUAAAUUGCUGGUACAGUUAGUUGCGUAUAUUUAUGAGAAGUAAAUUGGGCUUCUUGGUAAGGAUAUUUGUAAUAAAUCUGCAGUCCAAGAACUACAUUAAUUAUCAGAUAUAUUUUAACUUAACAGUUGCACCACAGGAUGCUUCAAAUAUACUUAAAAGAAACAUGCAGAAUGCCUCUCAAUUCUCAGUGCAUUACAGGUGUUUUCACUUAUAUAAAAGACAUCCUGUAAUUAUUCUGGCUUGUUGAAAUUGUGAUUUAUAAAAAUUUCACACUUGCGCAAAAACCUACAUGCUGCAGCGUCAUGUAUUUUAUUCAUUUUAUACUUCUAAAAGUACUAAAUAAAGAGUGAAUUAAUAAAAAGCUAUUUUAAUCCUUUAGUCAUUUGCUGGUUCUAAAAUGUAAAUCUUAAAAGAUUUACUUUGUAUUAGUAUUUUUAGAUGUGUUCUGUCAUUUUGUCAUUUUCAUCUAGGUUAUAUUUGAGUAAUAUAUUUUUAUACUGUGUUCAGUAGCUGAGUGGUACAUGGAUAAAUAUACUUGAUAAUGUAGUGUCACAUACAGUAUGUUAACUUUUAUUGUAGCUGUGCUUAAUUAAGCCAUGAACCUAAACUAAAUUGAACUUGGAAGCUUCACAUUAUCCUAUCUUUGUAAUCCAUUGGCAUUAAAUGUAUGAGAAGAAUUGGCAAUUGCAUAAGUGCGGUACUCAAUACCCAUGCCUCUUAGACAUUAUUUGGCAAAGUUGCCACAUUGUGAGUUUCCAAUAAAGUUUGUAGCAAAAUGUUGAACUGCUUAACUUAUUUGGCAUGUGUUAUACAAUAUCUUCCUACUUAGGUUCAAUAUUCAGGUUGUAAUUUUGCUAACCUGAUAGUACGUGAUUGAAACAAGUGCCCAUACUUGUAUUCCUUAAUAUCCUUUAAUGGUGCUUAUUUGUCUUCCAUCAGGGAAGAAAAUACAGGCUUAUAGCUUCAUGCCUAAGGACCCUUAUCAUCCACAUAUAAGCUAGUAAUUCUGUAUGGUUCAAAUUGUAAAAGGUUUCUUUUUUCAUUGAACCAUAUUCAGUGACAAUUUCUUAGUGCCUUUUUAUUUUUUUAAAUUUUUCGUAAAUACUUUAUACAAAUAAAUGCAUGUUAUUGCUGUUGUGGGAAACUAUGUGGGUGUGGGGGAGAGACUUGCCUUCCCCUGGCUCAUGCUGGUGAUUCACAUUUUAUACAUUUCAUCAAAUCCUGACAACCUUCUGUCACUUCACUCAUUCAGAGCUUCAGUGGUCUUGAUGAUGUCAUUGGACUUUUUGACAUAGAGGACUUUGCAGCUGAAUCCAUUGGUGGCCUAACUGGCACACACAUGCACUUUCCAGUCUCAGUGGCAAGAUUACCUAUUUUCCCUCUUCUCACCUUCUAGAUCUGCUGAGGUGCUGAGUCCAAUUGGAGCACUUGUACUGCCACCUCACAGAGGUCAGGGUCAGAUAGUUCAGCACAAUGCCAAGUUUGAACAGAGCCUGUCUGGUUAAAUUUCUAUUUAAUAGUAUCACUUUUAAUGUAAUAUUGCCAGCUGUUAUUUAUUUACACAAUGGGGCUGUGCUAAGAUUAAGUGGUAGUGAAGUUUUCAAAUACUUUUAAUGAUUAAAAAGUAGUUAACAAUGUACUUUAUAAAAUGAUGUGGUGGAAGUUGAUUUGCAUUUCUAUUUAUAUUAGGUUUCAUCACUGACCAAUUUUAUGAUUACAUUGAUUAAAGACAUCAGAAUGCAGAUUUUCUUUAAAAAUCUGAGUGAAAUCUUAAGACCUUGCAUUUUAUUGGAAGGAAAAUCACAGAAAUCUGCAUUUACUAAUUCUGCAUAAGUGUGAUAUUGGCAGAACUGUAACUAAAGGUUGUAGAUAGAUGCUGGUAAAUAAUGGCAGAAUGUUUUUGAACGCAGAGCUGAUCCUACAUUAUCAGCUAAGGAAAGCAGUGUAAGUAUAUAGAAACAAUUCUACAUAAAGCAAGUUAUUUAUACAGAAAAUUCCUUAACUUCUAGCUGCUUUUCAAUGCUCUGACUAAAGAACUAUUUGCCAACAGUUAUUUUCUGAAUUUUUAGUUUUGUAAUUUAGUGCCACAGAAGAUUGUCCAUUAAAUGCAUCAUCCAUUAAGGUGACGGUUAUACACAUACAAAUGCCUGUGUUUGAUUUUAUAUCUUCUUAGGAUGUGCUGAUUGUAUUCUGUGGAAUUUUUAUUAAAUGCAUUUUUACUUGGAUACUGUUUCAUUGUCAAACAUUUUGCAUAACAAA